CCAGUAGCUUUCAAUGCGGAAAUGUACAUGACUUGCCUCACAGUGACAAUGACAUAAGGAACGUUCCAAGAGGUACACGCGGAACCUAGGCUAAUCAUCGCACUAGAGAUUGGUGCGGCAAGGCGCUCUGCGUUUGUUUAGAAUUGUUGUAUUGAUAUAAUGGCCGCCCACUGCCUGCCAUUUCAAAAGUUAAAUUGACAUCCCUAGCCGCAGCACGGAUGGAGCAUCUAUCGAGGUUCGUAGGUCAGAUGUCCUUGACAGAUGACAGCAGAGCAGAGGGCAUCAUCUCAUCGGAGUAUAGUAAUAUCCGUGAUCGAACUUCCAUCAUCAAGAAAGAUCUUGGCCUCACGACGAAAGCCGGGGCACUGAAGGACAAUGUAAAGAAGAAUCGUUACAAAGACAUUUUACCAUAUGACCAGACCCGUGUUCCCCUAACUCUACUGACGAAUGACAAUGAUUCUGACUAUAUCAACGCCAGCUUCAUUAAAGGUGCAACAGAGACCAGAAAAUACAUAGCGACCCAAGGACCUCUGAGGCACACUUUGGUUGACUUCUGGCAAAUGAUUUGGCAGUAUGAUGUAAAGGUUAUAAUCAUGGCUUGCAGAGAAAUUGAAAUGGGAAAGAAAAAGUGUGAGCGCUAUUGGACAACUGUCAAGGAAACAACCCCCUUUGGUCCCUUUAUUGUCUCAAAUCUUGAAGAAUCCAACCCAAAUGAGGAAGUAGUCUUGAGGACUCUGACUGUGAGAUUUCAUAAUGAAACACGGACUAUCUCUCAAUUCCAAUACACAGCUUGGCCUGAUCAUGACAUUCCAUACACAGCUGGUGGUAUUUUAGAAAUGAUGGAUAUGGCUCGCAAAGCCCAGGGAAACAACACUAGCCCUGUUCUCAUCCACUGCAGUGCUGGUUGUGGAAGAACGGGGGUGAUUUGUGCCCUGGAUUAUGUUCAUGAUCUUCUUGUCACAAAGCAAAUCAAAGGAGAUUUCAAUAUCAUGAAGAUUGUAGUGGAACUAAGGAGACAGAGGCCAUCAGCUGUUCAGACAAAGGAGCAGUAUCAGUUUGUGUUUUCUGCCGUGGCUUAUAUGUUUGAGAAGGCUUUACGGUCACCUGAGAACAACUACCAGAAUCUCACCAAGAGCAACCAACCUCUCUAUGAUGACGUUGAGUCUGUGAAGACCUCUCCACCGAUAACAUCAGCCAUCACUCAGCCACUUGAAAAAAGAAAUUCUAGUGUGCAGCCCAGAGCGCCUCAACUGUGCCAGCAGACGAUGGAUGACACCUAUGCUGUGGUCAACAAGUCCAAACAGCUUCCGUCACCAGCCUCUUCCUCAGCUCCUCCGGCCGCUCUCCAUCACUAUGACAACGCAGAGCUGGGCACCCUGAAAUGCCCCGCCACUGCUCUCUACAGCACGGUCAAGCCCAAGAGCAGGUGUCCUCCAGUCAAUCCACCUCCAGCGGCCUCACCCAUAUAUGACACAGCGAGACCGGCCAAUCACAGGCUAGCUGAGGCCACGUUAGGGAAGGAACAGAGUGGCUAUGAACAGGUCACAGCUGAGCAUCAUUCCUCGAUGGGAGAUGACUAUGAAUAUGUUUCAAAUCCCAUCAAAGACCUGACCAACAGCUGUACUCCUGGUAGCAUGGGGUUCAACUGUCGCAUUAGGAAACCUAAAGGACCCCGGGAUACCCCGGCAGAGUGGAGUCAUGUGGAGAGAUGAUACAGCAACCACAUACCAGGCCUGGGAAUGGGCUCUUUCUUUUGUAACCCUUUUGAGUUGGUAUAUUUUUCAGAUCUGUUGUACCACUUCUUUAUUUAUUGUGAUUGAUAUUACUGAUGGAAAAAAAAAUAUAUAUAUAUAUAUAUAUUAUGAAACAUCGUCCCAUUCUGAGACAGGUAUUGUUUUUGGAUACUACACAGAUUUUGGAUCUUCAGCUGUCCCCAUUGGAGAAGCCUUUUAAAGAACCAUUUUUGGUUCCAGGUAGAACCCUUUCCACAGAGGAACCCUGAAGGAUUCCACCUGUAACCAGACAUGAUUCUUCAAAGGGUUCUCCUAUGUGGACAGUUGAAGAAGCCUUUUGGAACUUGUUUUUUCUAAGAGUGUAUUUACCAAAUUCAAGUUAUGGUGUGAUGGCACUAACCAACAGGGGGCACUAUAGUAACAUGGGAUAAUGAGCUUUUCAAUAUUAACGAAACAGGUAUUUAAAAAAAAAUCUCUACUCAUUUCUGGUGACAUGGACUUACAAUAAAGACAAACAUUUCUUCAAGGUUCUUUGAAAUAAA